CAUCGGAUCUGUUCACAUCAAACACUUCGACGACCUUCACCAUGGCUGACGCAAAGUACUAUGAGCUCUACCGCCGAAGCAGCUUGGGCGGUGCUCUUACGGAUACCCUGGACAACUUGAUCACUGAACGUCGCAUAGAGCCGCAACUUGCUAUGAAGAUUCUAGCAAACUUCGAUAAGGCUGUGGCAGAGGUUUUGGCAGACAAGGUCAAGAGCCGGUUGACUUUCAAGGGUCACCUCGAUACUUACCGAUUCUGCGACGAUGUCUGGACUUUCAUUAUUAAGGAUAUCAACUUCAAGCUUGACAACACCAACACUAUUCAUGCCGACAGAGUCAAGAUCGUCAGUUGUAGCUCGAAGGAACAGCAAGCGCGGAUGUAAGCACAGCGGCUGGUGGACAGAAUGUUUGAGGGAGAGAAAGAGAUUGGUGGAAAGUCUUGCAAUUACCCAGAGUUGGCACUGUGCCCCGAUGGCUUUUGAAGCGCCAAAAGAACAACGGACCGUCUACAAGCGCGAUAGUACGGAGCGAUACGAAGGAUACCUUUUGGAAAGGCCUCCAAUGGAAUCAAAUGGGAAAACGGCUGUGCAAGUGGAAGACCCGUCCGAAUUUUUAUGGUUGGCGUAAGGAGUAUGUUAUUCAGGUUCAUGGAUACCUCAGGCAUGGCAAAGGCGUUCAGGGCUUGACUUGAUGGACUUUCAAUCUUUGAAUUAGAAUUUCCAUAUUCAGACCAGCAUUCAUGAUUUGAUCAUGAUUUUUGAUAAGCUGUGGAUGCGUAUCUCAGGAAUUAUACUGUCUGUUGAACGUAGAUGCACCCGCAUUCGAACACGCGAUUCACUAGUACCGUGUUUUCAUAUGAAAAAAUGAAAUAGUGCAUUCAUA